AUGUUUAGUUUGACGACACCUGACAUCGUUGUGAUUUUGAUUUACUUUCUGGCUGUUAUUGGUGUUGGAAUAUGGUCAUCUGUAAAAGCCAACCAGAGCACAGUAGGAGGAUACUUUCUUGCUGGAAAAGUCAUGACCUGGUGGCCUAUUGGAGCAUCACUUAUGUCCAGUAAUGUGGGCAGUGGCCUGUUUAUUGGAUUGGCAGGAACGGGAGCUGCAGGAGGUAUUGCUGUUGGAGGUUUUGAAUGGAAUGCUUCUUGGCUUCUCCUGGCACUUGGCUGGAUAUUCGUUCCUGUGUACAUUGCUGCUGGCGUGGUCACUAUGCCUGAGUAUUUGAAGAAAAGGUUUGGAGGGCAGAGAAUCAGAAUCUACAUGUCUGUGCUUUCUCUGAUUCUGUACAUGUUCACUAAGAUAUCGACUGACAUUUUCUCUGGAGCGCUUUUCAUCCAAGUCGCGUUGGGUUGGAAUCUCUACAUUUCUACAGUGAUUUUGCUGACAGUGACUGCCUUUUAUACAAUAGCUGGUGGUUUGACAGCAGUGAUUUACACAGAUGCACUGCAGACUGUGAUUAUGGUGGUUGGAGCUAUUACGCUUAUGUUCAUUGGUUUUUACAAAGUUGGUUGGUACUCAGGGCUGGUGGAGAACUAUUUCCAGGCAAUUCCUAACGUUACUGUGCCAAACACUACAUGUCACAUGCCUCGAGCAGAUGCUUUCCACAUGUUUCGAGACCCAGUCACUGGUGAUAUCCCUUGGCCUGGGCUCAUCUUUGGUCUUACAGUGCUUGCCACAUGGUGCUGGUGCACUGAUCAGGUAAUUGUGCAGAGAUCCCUUUCAGCAAGAAACCUGUCUCAUGCUAAAGGAGGAUCAGUUUUUGGAGGAUACUUGAAGAUGUUGCCAAUGUUUUUUAUUGUUUGGCCGGGCAUGAUCAGUAGAGCACUUUUUCCAGAUCAGGUAGGCUGUGUGGAUCCUGAUAUUUGUGAAUCUGUCUGUGGAGCCAGAGUAGGAUGUUCAAACAUAGCAUACCCCAAACUGGUGAUGGAACUUAUGCCUGUAGGCCUGAGGGGACUGAUGAUAGCAGUAUUGCUGGCUGCUUUAAUGAGUUCACUCACCUCAAUCUUUAACAGCAGCAGUACACUCUUCACCAUGGAUAUCUGGCAGAGAUUCCGGUCAAACGCCACUGAACUAGAGCUGAUGAUUGUUGGCAGGGUGUUUAUUGUUUUCCUAGUUGCCAUCAGUAUAUUGUGGAUCCCUAUUAUCCAGACAGCUAACAGUGGCAGGCUCUUUGACUACAUUCAGUCCAUUACAAGUUACCUCGCACCACCGAUCACUGCGCUUUUCGUUAUGGCAGUAUUCUGGAAGAGAGUUAAUGAGCAGGGUGCUUUCUGGGGCUUGAUGGCAGGACUGGCUGUGGGUUUAAUCCGAAUGAUCGUCGAGUUUGUUUAUGAAGUUCCAUCAUGUGGUCAUGAGGAUCACAGACCUGACAUCCUCAAGAACAUGCAUUACCUUUACUUUGCCUUGGUACUGUGUGGACUUACUGCAAUCAUUAUCGCUGUUGUCAGUCUAUUGACUCCACCAAUUAAGGAAGAAGAUCUGGUUCGGUUAACAUGGUGGUCUAGACAUGAACAAGCACCUGUUAUUAAAUCAGAUGAUCCCUGGAUCCAACAAAGGACAGUUGAGAGUAAUGAUGAAGUGCAAUCAGUUAAGGAGGAUAAAGGACAACAUGAAACAGUGGAACCACCCCAGUGGAAAAAAAUAUUGUUUUGCUUAUGUGGGUUCAAGGUACAGCAGCAACCUGAACUCUCAAAAGACGAAAGUGAUGCCAUCCAGACAAGGUUAACCAGCAUUGAAGAGAAACAUUUGUGGCGACAAGUGUGUAACAUAAAUGCUUUGAUCCUGAUGGCAAUUAAUAUCUUCUGCUGGGCAUAUUUUGGAUAA